AUGGCUAGUGUACAUGAAGACGUCCAAAAUUAUUAUGGACAACAAUUACAACAAUCAGCUGAUUUAAAAACAGAUGCUUGUUGUACAAAAGCUCAAAUUCCUUCUUUUAUCAAAGAAAUUAUCAAAAAAGUUCAUCCAGAAGUUGUGGCAAAAUAUUAUGGAUGUGGUUUGGUCAUGCCACCCAAACUUGAAGGAUGUCGAGUAUUAGAUCUUGGAUCUGGGUCAGGUCGUGAUGUUUACAUUCUAUCAAAUCUUGUUGGAGCUCAAGGUUAUAUUGUUGGUGUUGACAUGACUGCAGAACAACUUGAUGUUGCUAAACGUUUUAUUGAUUAUCAUACAAAAGAAUACGGCUUUGAAAAAGCAAAUGUUGAAUUUCGGUUGGGUAAAAUUGAGCAACUCACUGAUGAUCCUGGAUUGAAAACCAAUUCAUUUGAUGUUAUUGUAUCAAAUUGCGUGGUGAAUUUAAGUCCUGACAAAAAGAAAGUUUUACAACAAGUAUAUGAAAUAUUAAAACCUGGAGGUGAAUUUUACUUCAGUGAUGUCUAUGCCGAUCAACCGGUACCGGAAGAAUUAAGACAAAAUAAAGUUCUUUGGGGUGAAUGUUUAAGUGGUGCAAUUUGUGUAAGUGAUUUGAUUUCUGGUGCACUUGAUGCCGGCUUUACACAGCCAAUAUUGGUAUCAAAACAACCAAUAGGAGUUAAUAAUGACGAAUUACAAAAGUUACUGGGUGACAUCAAAUUCACUUCAUGUACUUAUCGUUUGUUUAAGAACAAACCCGCUGAAGAGUCAACAAGCGUUAAUGAUAAGUUUGGUGCAUUGGUAACUUAUCAAACACCAAUUAAUCAUUAUGAAAAUGAAUUUCAAUUCAGUCAGACAAUCACUUUUAAGCUUAAUGGUGAACCACAAUAUCUCAAUACUGAACUAGUUGAAAUGUUACGUCUAUCAAGAUACAGUGAAAAUUUUAAGUUUGACUCAAUUACUAAUGAAAAACAAAUACCAAAUGUAACUGAGCAAGUAACAGAUCAACCAGUUUCAAAUGAGCAAUCAUCAUCAUCUAGCUGUUGUUGUUGCCCAGGAACUUGUUGA